AUGGUUGAUUAUUAUAAAAUUUUGGAGGUCUCCAAAAGUGCAACAGAACCAGAAAUUAAGAAAGCAUAUAAGAAACUUGCUCUAAAAUAUCAUCCCGACAAAAAUCCAAAUAAUGCAGAGGAAGCGAACAAAAAGUUCCGAGAGAUAUCUGAGGCUUAUCAAGUCUUAAGUGAUGAAAAAAAACGACGAAUUUAUGAUCAAUAUGGAAAGGAGGGAUUAUUAGGACAUAAUGAGAAUAAUUAUAAUAGCAGUCAUCGACAUCGAAGACAUGAUCCAUUUGAGAAUGACUUUAUAUUUGGUGGAUUUCCAUUCGUUUUUCGUGAUCCCGAAGAUGUUUUCAGAGAAUUUUUCGGUGGAGGUCCAUUAGAUGAAUUUUUCAAUCCCGGAUUUGGUCGUCGACAUCACCCGAAUGGAAAUGCAGGUAGCAGCAGACAUCACAGAUCAUCACAUCCGUCAAAUGUAAUGUCGCCAUUCUUGAGCUUUUCACUAAUGGACGAUAUGUUUUCACAUCCUUUCGGUGGAAUGAAUAGUGGUGGUGGAUUCACGUCAUUAUCAACGUUUAGUAAUGGUGGAAAUCAUAGUGGAAAUGUCAAACGCAUUAGCACAUCGACAAGCUUUGUAAAUGGCAAGAAAGUAACAACAAAAAAAGUAUUGGAAAAUGGUGUGGAGACGGUGAUGUCAUAUGAAAAUGAUGUUCUAAAAUCAAAAACAGUGAACGGAGUACCGCAAGCGAUUGCUUAUAAUCACUAA